CGCCAGGCGGUGGCGGAGGCGGGGCAGGCGGGCCGGUUGCUAAGACUUGGUGAAGCGCAGCGCUUCCGCCCGUCUCCUCAGGUGGCUGCAGGCUUCCACCCCUGCCCUGUCUUCACAGCGGAAAUGUCAGGAAAGGAGAACAACUUCCCCCCGCUGCCCAAGUUCAUCCCCCUGAAGCCCUGCUUCUACCAGAACUUCUCUGACGAGAUCCCUAUCGAGCACCAGGUCCUGGUGAAGAGGAUCUACCGCCUGUGGCUGUUCUACUGCACCACCCUGGGCGUCAACCUCGUCGCCUGCCUGGCCUGGUGGAUCGCCGGUGGCUCGGGAGCCAACUUCGGCCUGGCCCUGGUCUGGCUGCUGCUGUUCUCCCCCUGCAGCUACGUGUGCUGGUUCCGGCCCGCAUACAAGGCCUUCCGAUCUGACAGCUCCUUCAAUUUCAUGGCGUUUUUCUUCAUCUUCGGAGCCCAGUUUGUCCUGACCAUCAUCCAGGCUGUCGGCCUCUCGGGAUGGGGCGCGUGGGAGGUGCCGGCUCAGGGGGCUGGGUGCGGCGGAUCCGCCCGCCUUCUGCCGCGUUGUGCGUGGUCACCCGGCCCCAGGAGGACCUGGGAGGCGUGGUCCAUGGUGUGUCUGGGGGUUGGGAGAGCAGCUCGAGGGCCUGCCCUGAGCGGCCACCUGUGCCUAGGCCUACCAUCUAGGGGUGGUUGGCUGGCUGCGAUCGGGUUCUUCCAGACCAGUGUCGGGGCCGCCGUGGUCAUGCUGCUUCCGGCCAUCAUGUUCUCCAUGUCGGCCACCAUGAUGGCCAUCACGAUCAUGAAGGUGCACAGCAUCUACCGCAGGGCUGGCGGGAGCUUCCAGAAGGCGCAGACGGAGUGGAGCACAGGCGCCUGGCGGAAUCCGCCAUCCCGGGAGGCCCAGUACAACAACUUCUCGGGGAACAGCCUGCCCGAGUACCCCACCGUGCCCAGCUACCCGGCCAGCGGCAGCCAGUGGCCUUAGGGGCAGCCCGGCGGCCCCGCUGCCCAGCCUCCCCCGGCCCACCUGCCCCUCGCCAUCCACUCCCGCCGCCCUGGGUUUGGUGAGGCCCCUCCGCCAGCCGGGACGGCAGACCCGGGGGCUCUCGGGGACCCGUCCCCGCAUUCACCUCACUCCCGAGAGCAGGGCGCCCUGCGAGCUCUGCCCAGAAGCUGUCCGGCCGCCGCUGUCCAGCAGAAGGACACCCACUGUGGUCCUGAAUGCGUUUAGUCACCGCGAUGUCCACUGUGCUGCAGCCACACCCUCUCCCCUCGGGGUCUCGGGGGGCUGACCCGGGCCUUGCAGGUCAGAGGUGGGCCGGCUGCCCCCUUUCCAGAGCUGCUGACGCGGAGAAGGGCCCCGGCCUGCGUCCACCCUUCCCGGCCUCCAUCCGGGCGGUCGCCCUUGACCCAGCUUCCAGUAAGAGGGAAAGAGGGAGGCCUUCCCAGCACCAGGUUCCAGUCCCUGGUGGGAGACGGAGGGGCUCGACGGUAGCCGGGUCCUCCAUAUGUUUGUCCUCUUGUGGACUCGCCGCCUCAGUGCCACGAUCUGAGCUUCACCCCGUCUGGCUGGCUGGCUGGCUGGCCGUCCAUCUGUCCAUUGGCAGCUUGCCUCCAGUCCCCCUGCCCAUGGCCACGCUCAUUCCGAGACGCUCUCAUCCCCCCCGGAGGGGUCUUAGAGCUGAGACCCUCAGGCAGGACCUCGUCAGAUCUGAAACCUGGGACCAACUCACUCUGCGGGGGAGGGGAGCCGCCGGUCAGGCCCCGAUGGAAGCAGACGGGAAACCAGGCACAUCUCCGCGGAGCGCGCGCCCCAGGCCGAGCGCUGGGCCCGAGGCUCGUGGGCUGCCAUCCACACAGCCCUCCCCGGGCCGCGGGGACAGGAGUUGGAGUCCCCGAGGGGACAGAGGAGAGUGACAAGUCUGUGCCUUAUUAGGAAUCUGAACCCGCCCCUUCGCUCUGCCCUGCUGUCCUUCGAGCUCCUUCCCAGACAAGCAGCCUGCACCUGUGUGAGUGGACGGGCCCCCGUCCAGGCUCCCGGGCGCCCCGGACGCUGCCCCUCAGCUCCUAGCCACCCGGCCCUCGGGGCAGGACACCCUUCCUGUUGCACCAGCUGGGCCGCCCCCGACGCCCCCGCCUGCUUGCUUGGCUACUCGUGCUGACCGCCCCGCGGUGCCCGAAGGCGGCCGCGAGAAAGCGCCCAGGUCUGGGACCCUGAUGGGUCCCUGAGAUGGGAAACCUGGGUCCCGUCGCGUCCCCAAGGCCACCUCCCGUGACGGAGGCGUGCGCCGCGCUCCCCGUGGGGCCGAGUCUUGCGUGAGCGGGGCGCCACCAGUGACGGGCGAUGAGCAGGCGUCAGCCAGCCCGGGAUCGCCCACAGCACCCACCCCCACCCCGCUCCUCGCUGUGCGUUGUGGUUUUUGUUACGUGAGAAUAUCCAGGAAAUAAAGACAUCCUUUCUGCAUCA